AUGGUGCUCAUGCGUCGCCGCGACAAGCGGCGCGGCAACGAGGCCGAGGAGAUCGUGGUGGCCAGCGACUCGUCCAUCGUGGCCAACAAGGGCGUGCGCUCUUUGGGCGGCGCGCGCACGGGCCGCUUCGCCGCGGACAUGCGCGUGAGCGUGGGCGGCUACGGCCGCGCCGACAAGACGUGGGGCGUGGACCACCCGUGGCACUCGACGGAGGAGGGCGACCUGUUCGCGCAGUUGUGCUCCAAGGACCACAUGGAGGAGGGCGACCUGGCCCACGAGCAGACGCACGAGGAGCCCGUGCGCGGCCUCAGUCGCGCGCAGCUCAAGAAGCGCAAGGCCAAGCUCAAGAAGCAGGGCCUGGGCGCCAAGGAGGCGGCCGAGGCGGCGCUCAAGGAGGCCGAGGAGGCCAAGAAGCGCCACGAGGAGGAGCAGCGGCUCAAGGAGCAGCAGGCCAUCGAGCAGCAGGAGGCCGCGAGGAAGGAGAGGCAGGAGAAGAAGCAGAAGAAGCAGGAGCAGGAGGAGGAGCUGGACGACGAGCAGAAGGAGGAGAAGCAGGCGGAGCUCAAGCGCGAGAAGCGCAAAAAGGAGAAGCAGAAGAAGAAGGAGAAGAAGCAGGAGGCCAUGGAGCAGGCGGAGCAGCACACCAAGGAGCAGGAGCAGGAGAUGAAGGCGCGCGAGGUGCUGGCCUCGGCCUACGAGGAGAACUUGGGCAGUGAAGUGACCACCAAGAGCAGCCUGAUCCUCCAGGACAAGCGCAUUGGUCAGGGCAAGCUGCCGGUGGCUGGCGAAAUGCUCACGGUCAAGUAUCGAGGACGUCUCGGACAGGACGGACUCGUGUUCGGCAAGGGUAUGCUCACGACGACGUACGGCACGGGCUCGGUCAUCGCUGGAUGGGAGGAGGGUCUGGGCACGAUGCGGUCUGGUGGCGUGCGUCUGCUGACGAUCCCGCCCGAGCUCGGCUACGGCGAGAGCGGCAAGGGCGACAAGAUCCCGCCCAACUCGACGCUCUUCUUCGAGGUGGAGCUCGUGCGCAUCGGCAAGCGCAAGCGCGAGGCCAUCGGCGAGGACGACAUCCCGCUGCCCAGCUCGUUCCAACGCAAGCGCAUCAAGCAGAAGCCCGGCAAGGCCCGCAACGGCGGGGACGACGAAGACGACGGCGAGGUGAAGCUGUCCAAGAGCCAGCUCAAGCGGCGACGCCGUAACCGCAACAAGAACCGCAGCGAGGAGGACGUCGACGCGUAG